CCAGGCCUGGGCUCGGUUGUCAUGAGAGCCGCGGCGCUGGCCCAGGCGAUGGGUGGAGGCAGCGGCGGCUGCCGCUCCGAGGUGCGGGUGCCGGGCAGCUGGGGGCGGCGGAGGAGGAGGCGGCGAGGCCUACGCCUACGCCUGCGCUCUGCGGACUGGAGCGGCGGCUGCGGCUGCUGCUGCUGAGUAGGUGGUCGGGGAGAAACGUUUAAAGGCGAUCCUGCCCCUUCCCCUCCCCCUCCCUCCGGGGCCUCUUCCAGCCCGGCCCGAGGAGACCCUGCCCCUGCCCCGCCCCUCUCCCCUCCCAUCUCCUGCUGGGGAGAGAGACAGGUAGGGGAAGAGAUGGAAUUCCUGAGUUAUCGGAGUUGAUGAGGCCCUCUAAACCAUCCCAAGCCUCAUCCCAGCCCUGCCUACCCCCUCCUCCCCAUCCCAUCCCCUGCUGGUGGGGAACAGAGAGAUGGAAGAACUGGGUGACCGGAGCUGAUAGGGCCCCCCUAAAACCGUCCCAAACCAUCUCUCCUCCCAAGCCUGUCCCUUGUUUGGAGCCUGGACGGGGGAGUGGGGGAACAGGCGGGGGAAGAUGCAGCCCCCCCGUUAUCCCAACUAAUAAAGAUCCCGAAGAUCGUCCCAAAUUGUACCCCUGCCCUGCCUGCUCCCCUUUCUCCUUGCUCCCCUUCCUCCCCACCCUAUUGCCUGCUAGGGGCCCAGAUUAGGAAGGGAGAGGACAGAUGGGGAAGAAAUGGGAGUCCCCAGUUAUCAGAGCUAAUAAGAGACCCUAAGACCCUCCCAAACCCCUUUCCAGCCCUGCCUGCUCCUUCCCCUGCUGGGGGGCCUGCCUAAGGUGGGAACAGGAUGGGAGAGAGGAGAUGAGAAGCAGGGGCUAGAGAUCCCAAGGCCACCCAGAACCCCAUUCCCAGCUCUGCCUACCCCCUCCCCUACCCCCAUUUCAUUCCUGGGGCCCUUGAUUUGGCAGGAUGCAGUAGGAUGGAGCCCUGGGAUUGUCAGAGCUGGAAGAGACCGUCCAAGCCCCACCCCAGGCCAGUCUGCCCAACCCCCAUCUCUACCCAGGAAGGGCAGAGGUUAAUCAGCUUCUGAGGGUGCCAUAGUUAAUCAGUGUGCAGCAGGCUGCCGGAAUGAGCCCUGUGCUGGGAGCAAUGUGGAAUCAUAGGUUUGUCAGAUCUGGAAGGGAUCCUACAUAUUUCUCACCCCAUUAUGGUCGUGCUUGCAGGGCUUCCCACCCUGACUACCCUCAGGCCUAUCUUUUCCUUCACAGAGGGCCUGGCAAUAAUAGUCUCCCUAUGUGUGUGAUGGACUGGUAGAAGGAGACCCAGACCCAAUUUUAGGAGGAAGGGAGCCCCCCAACUCUGAUCCAGCCCCCCCCCCCACUGGGAUGUGGCUGUCGUUAGGCAUUGUGCCUCAGAGACUGUCAGGAGGAAGGGAUUUCAGUAUUAUCUUCCUUGCCCCCCAUCCCUAUGCAUCUCUGCCCCGAGCUAAGGGGGGGAGGGGGCUGGGACUAUAGAUUCCGAGGUGAAAGGGACCUUAGAGACCUUCCUUCCCCUCCCUGCGGCCUCCUGACCUCUCCUCGCCCAUAGACAAGAAGUCUAGUAAAAGCAGUGUAAGAUAAGGUGGGAUAAGUGUGGAGCCUGGAAGGCACAUCGACUUAGAGAUGAUCUACUUUUACCACAGUCUUUUCCAGAGGUAGAAAUGGGUUCUGGAGAGGAGAGGAAAUCUGGGUAAGGUGAGACAAGCCAGUUAGUGUUAAUCAGGAAUUUGGACCAAAGCCCCUCAGGGGUGAUUGCCACUGCCUCUCCAUUUGCCAACAGGAAAACUGAGGCCAGGGAAAGAAAGGGAACUUGGGGCCGGGUUGUCUGUGUAAUUCCAGCCAUCUCAUUUUACAGACAAGAAGACAGAGGGGAGGGAGGGGAGAAGGGGGAGAAUGACCAGCUCAAAGUAGCACUAUGACUUAGUGGCAGAGCAAAGGAACCUACUGUGUGCCAGGCAUUUGUGCUAAGUGAUUUGUGACUACUGACCAUAACCCUGGGAGUUGGGUGCUAAAUCAUCUUCAUUUUGUAGUUGAGGAAACUGAGGUAAACAGGGUUAAGUAACUUGCCCAGAGUCACACCACUCGAGUAUCUGAAGCUAGAUGUGAACUUGGGCCUUCCUGACUCCAGGUCCAACACUCUCCAUGGUGCCACGAAUUGCCUUUGGACUCAAAGCCACUUCUGUUCCCUGCUUAGUCUGGGGCCCUUCCUACACUUCAAAGAAUUUAGAGUUAGUGUGAAGUUAAGGGUGAUCCAAUGAAGAGUGCCAGCUUUGGAAUCAGGACCUGGCUUUGAACCCUGGCUUUGCUCCUGACUACUUAGUGACCUGGGAUAGAUCCCAUCACCACUCUGAACCUCUGUGUCCUCAUCGGUCAAAUAAAGAGCCCAACCGCACAGAAUGCCACACAAGAUUGGGUUUGUAGUCGUCAGUUCAUCUGGACAUGAAGAUGGUUUCAAUGCAAAAGAAUUAAUGGUCCAUGCACCAACUGUUAAUGGAUGGAGAUCACCAAGAUUUUGCCAGUUUCCUCAAGAAAUUGUCCUUCAGAUGGUGGAGAGAUGCCGAGUUCGAAAACUUCAGUUACUUGCUCAUCAGUAUAUGAUUUCCAGUAAAAUCGAGUUUUAUAUUAGUGACAGUUUGCCUGAAUAUUUUGCACCAUAUCAAGCAGAGCGCUUUCGAAGGCUUGGUUAUGUGUCUCUCUGUGACAAUGAAAAGACAGGAUGUAAGGCUCGAGAACUAAAAUCAGUUUAUGUGGAUGCUGUAGGACAAUUUCUCAAGUUGAUUUUUCAUAAAAACCAUGUCAAUAGAUACAACUUAUAUAAUCAGGUUGCUUUAGUAGCAGUUAAUAUCAUCGGGGACCCUGAAAACUGCAGUGAUGAGAGCAAUAUCACCUCCAGAGAGAAGCUGAUUGACCAUUAUCUUGGUCAGAGUUCAGAGGACUCUGGAUUAGAUGGAUCAUAUAUUGGGAAACCCGACUAUAUUUCUCCCCUGGAUGAUUUAGCCUUUGAUAUGUACCAGGAUCCAGAAGUUGCACAAAUAAUUCGCAAGUUAGAUGAGAGGAAACGAGAAGCUGUCCAAAAGGAGCGUUAUGAUCAUGCAAAAAAACUGAAACAGGCUAUUGCUGAUCUGCAAAAGGUUGGGGAGCGCCUGGGCAGGUAUGAUGUGGAAAAGCGUUGUGCUGUGGAGAGAGAAGACUAUGACCUGGCCAAAGAGAAGAAGCAGCAGAUGGAGCAGUAUCGCACCAAGGUGUACCAGCAGCUGGAGCUUCACGAUCUCCUGGAUUCCCAGAUGAUUCGAAAGCCUUUCGAUUUGCCUCUGGCACCUAUAGUCCAUUCUAACAGCCCUCGCCCGCAGAAAUCUUCACAGUCACUGCUGCACCGUGAAGAGCAAGCAGGAGAGAAACCCUGCGCGGAACCUGCCAAGGCUCAGCUUCACAGUCCUCUGAAUGUUAAACUGCAAGCCGCAAUGGGACCGCCACUCCCAGCCUCAGAUUCUCUUACAAAGAUCAAUGUUGAUUUAUUGCCUUAUGAUGAAAGACCCCUUCCAGCUGUUCUUAAACAACAAGGAGAAGUGUAUGUAGAGCCCGAGAAGGUUGAAGAAGAUCUGGUUCCAAAAGGCAGCACUGCAGGAGAGCCAGAGCCCUUAACUGAGAAAGCACUAAGAGAAGCCAGUUCGACCAUAGACGUGCUGGGAGAAACUCUGGUUGCUGGAGCUUAUUCGAAGACCUGGUCAUAUCGAGAAGAUGCAUUGCUUUCAUUGUAUAACAGAUUAAUGGCAACACCUGUCGGGACCCCAAAGGAAGAUCUGAAGAACCUGCUCAGAGCUGCUAUUUUUCUGAUAAGAAGAGCCAUCAAAGACCUCGUACCUUCAGUCUUUCAGACAUCACUGAAAUUAUUAAAAAUGAUUAUCACACAAUACAUUCCUAAACACAAGCUUGGCAAGCCAGAAACCACCGUCACUGUGGAGAAGACCCUCCCCAACCUGCUGACCAGAACCGGGGACUCCUCUGCUCGCCUCCGCAUCAUAGCAUCGAACUUUAUUCAGGAAUUGGCUUUGUGUAAGGAAAUUAAGCCUCUGCAAAUUAUUCCAGUUCAUUUAAUUCAACCAUUAAAACAGAAUUCUUCGACUCAUCUAGCAAUGAGUCAAACAGACUUACUAGCACGUUUGUUAAAAGACCUGGGGACUGAAAAUUCUGGAUUUACUGUGGAUAAUGUUAUGCGGUUUUCAGUGAGUGCUCUGGAGCACAGAAUCUUUGAAAUACGAGAAAUUGCUAUUAAAAUUAUUUUGGACAUGUAUAAGAAACAUCGGACCCUAAUUCUAGAGUACCUACCUGCAGAUGAUGGCAACGCUCGCAAGAAUAUUCUCUAUAAGACACUUUUUGAGGGAUUUGCAAAAAUCGAUGGCGGAACUACAAUGACUAUGGAGGCUCAAAGAAAAGCAACAGAAGAAGCAGAAAAGCAAAAGAAAGAAGAAGUUAAAGUUCUGCAGGUACAGCUGGCAGCAUUGAGAGAGAUGCAGGCAGAAGCUCAGUUCGAGAAGGAAAAAGAAAGUGACAUGGGAAAGAUGAAGAACCAAGAUGAUCCCAGAAAGAAAGCAAUUCACUCUAAUCCUCCAGACGUUCCCGAUGAUCAUGCCUCCGUUGCAAAUUAUUUGGAUUAUCUUUGCAUCUUUUGUGGGGAAAGAGAUGACUCGUUCACAGAAGAAGGCUUAGAUCUCCAUUACUGGAAGCAUUGUCCUAUGUUGACAAGAUGUGAACACUGCAAACAGGUGGUCGAGAUAGCCAGCCUGACAGAUCACUUGCUGACAGAGUGUGACAAAAGAGAUGACUUUGGAAAAUGCCAUCGCUGCUGUGAAGCCAUCUUAAAAGAAGAGCUGCCCAGACACAUAAAAAUCAAAGCUUGCAAUCCUGCCAGAUCAGAAAAGCUUGCAAACCGGUGUCCAUUGUGCCACGAGAAUUUUACACCAGGAGAGGAGGCCUGGAAAUCUCACCUGACAGGGCCGGCAGGCUGCACGAUGAACCUGCGCAAGGUGUACCACUUGCAGAAGACACAAGCCACACAGUUGGGGAAAGCAGUAGACUCAUUGAUGGCCAAAUCGGGCACCUCAGGAUCCAAAUUUGGAAGCAAGAUUCCUACCCCCAAAGGAGGCCUGAACAAAAGUACUAGCAGGCCAUAUACCAAACGAUGACAUAUGACAAAUAUUUUGUUUCCCUUGUCUCCAUUAGUGACUGAGCAAGCUUUCUGAUUCUCUGACAUUUCUUGUAAAACCAGUCUUGUGGACAUGGCACUGUCAAAUCCUUUCUUCCUGAAUUGCAGGUGGCUGUUCCCCUGCCAUCAGUAGCAUCCCCCAGUUACAGUUGGUCCUUAUGUAUGUGACCAGAGAAGCUGCCUCUCAGAUGUAGGCCACAGUCCUGAUGGCAUUGGAAGUUUCCCGUCUUGGGGUCCUGUCUUGGAUAACAAAAGGGAUGCCAUUGUCUUAGGACAGAACUGGAAGUCACUUAAGUCAUGGGCUUUAAUAGCACAACCGACGGGUAGAACAGGGAGCCAAGGAGUGACACAACCCCAACAACAUCCUUCUUUAAUUGCACGCAGAAUCUUAAAAGUGGAUGACAUGCAUUUUGCCAACUGAUCUCCACCCAAACUUGCUUCUCUCUGUGUGGUACAACCAAAGUAAUGUCAUAUCAUGAGCACCUUGCAGCCUCUUGACCCCGGCACAGAAUGGCAUCAGCAAGGGAGCUGUUCAUAGUCAGAUUAGCGCUGGGCUUUGUACUUCUCCUGUCAUGCUUUUUUCUUUCUUGUGGCACUGUCUGUUCACAUUCUGCCAGAUGUAGUGAGGCGGGGCCAGGAGCACAUCUCUUGCGGUCACAGAAAGCGAAGGUAAGGAAGAAAACCUCCAGGAGAAAGCCACUGAGGAUCGAUCCAUCCGUCUGCAGUCAGUGCUUCCCAUAACUGGCCUGUUCUCCAAGUAGCUUUCCAUCUGUUUCGCACUGUGGGCAGUGAAUGAUCCCUGAUCCCAACUGUAAAGUCAGUCCCCAACAUGUAAAUAUUAGAACAAGACUUGGAUCUCUAUCAUGCCUUUUUGGGAGGGGCUCUGAGGUCAUUACAUGUGUAAAUAUUCCUUUUUUUAAAUAACGAUAGUGCUUUCUGGUUGCUAUGAUGUGAUUAUCUGACUGCAUGUAAAUCAAGCUGAUUCUUCCGUAAAGCCCUAACUAAAACUUGGGGCUGUUUACAUUUUAAUCUGGCACAGAAUAUCUUCCUCAAAAUACUACCCACAUUCAUGUGUAACUAGUGUUUAUGAAGGAGAUUCAAGCACAUGCCAAUUUGGGACCAUCAUUCCAUGCCCCGGAAGUACCAUAAUUCCAAAAGGAAAUUUCCCUUUCAAGAAGAGGGGGAGAAAGUCCUUUAAGAUACCAAAACAUUUCUUUCCAAAGUUGUGCUGGAUAUAAAAAGAGAGGAAGCUUCCAGAGCGGCUGUGAUCUGACCCAUUUGUCGGACCCGCUUCUGUAAUGAUGCCUCUGUAAGUCAGCAGGUUUCUCCUCGGUGGCUGUUGCCAGAGAUCCUUUCUAUGUAGAGAACUAGUUAUGAAAAACCAGCCAGUAUUCGACUAACGUAACUUUUCUGACUAUGAGUAUUCUGCCUGGAGAUUGUUUUUAACAACUACGUCCUAAGUAGCCAGUCUUCUAUCUGGCAGAUUGAGAACUGACUAAGAAGCCGUCAUCAUAUCCUAUAUUAAGAUCAAGAAUCAUGCUUUCCCCAGAGUCACGUACUUCCAGAAAAGGCUGGCAAAAGGAAUUUCUCCCUAGGAGCCGUGCCAUGCCGCCUGGCAGACAUGUUUAAAUUACUGAUGAAGAAAUACUUUGGACACUUAUGACAUUUGGGGGGUUUCGUUGGCUUCUCUGAAACAAGGAAAGUCUAAGCAUUUGGAGAAAGGGGUUCUGCUUUCUGGCUUUCUUAGUCACUGUGAAAUUCCGUCUGUAAAUCCCCAGCAUGGUAAAUAAGACUGACUCAUAAUAAAACUGUAUGAAAGUAACUGCCAUGAGGCUUUACAUUAAAAUAAAAGGACUUUAUGUAAGAAUAUGAACUGAGACUAACCAAUACCUAACAAGAACACGGCAUAAAAGUCUUCAAACUUGGUAGUGGUGAUUAGAGAGAGGACAGCUGGCUUAUUCUAAUAUUUAAAAGUGCAAAUAUGCAAAUUGUUCUUUAAGCUGUUUCACCGCGGUUCAGUGAAGGAAACAGCUGCGCUUCACCCAGACCAGUUCUGCAGCUGGUUUCUGUAAGUUCCGAGCAUAAUAUAGCAGUUCCACUAUUCAAAAAAUGACGUUAUUUUUGGAGAGGAGUGAGGGCGAUCUGGGUGAAAGGCAAGGUGUAAGUCAUAAGUAGACUAGCGUGUGGUGGGCUGAAGUUGAUGAACAGUUUGGGCUUGAUUCCAUAGAGGGCCACCUCUUAGGCUUCCCUAAAGAAAUUGUGGAUAAAAAGACAAGCAACCAGAAACCAGAAAUGUUGUGUCACUCAGCAGUAAAACAUUUGAAUGGGAAACAUGUUUGAGAAAGUUAUUUUCAUUCAUGAAUAAGUUGUGCCUUUAGGUACAGUUCUUCCAAAAAUGACUAAUUAUUCAGAGAAUUAUUCCUCUGAGUUUUCUGCAAUGGAGCUUUUCGCUGUAGUUUUAUGUAGCAAUUUUGAAUGUAACUUUGCAACUUUUUAAUGUCCUGGUUUUCUGUUUGUUUUUAUUUUAGAAGAAUGGUUGUGAGAUAACCAACUCAGUUUUGUUCGGGUAUUUAGAGAUCAAUCUCUUCCCACCUUAAGUAUAUUUAUUUAAUAAUCUGAUCAUCUCAAAGUUUCAUAUUUUUAUUCCAAGGAUGUAAGAAGAUAAUUAUGUUUUUAAAAAAAGUAAGCUUGAGCUAGACACCGUUCCAGCUGAAUAGCAUAACUCGACACUAACACCAAAAAAAUUAGUUGAAAAAUUCUUAGAGAAGAAAUUAGUGCUAGCAUUGCUCUAGAACGUUUACACCUUCAAGUAUGCCCACUCGUCAGCCCAGGCUCUUCCUGCAGAACCUCAAAAAACUUUAGAUCUCUACUAAGGCAAGACAUUACCGACCAAAUGUAUAAGCAACGUUAGCUCAAUGUUGUGUGAGGACUGUCAUAUGUUUGCGUACAAGAGAAUUACACUUUAUAAUACCUUACUAUUUUUCUUUUGCAUAAAUAAUUAUAAUAUCCUUUAAUUUUCAGUUGGGGCUCUCCAUUAGAGAGCAUAAAUGGUCUGUUAAUCUCUUUGCUUUUUAUAUAAAGAUACAUCACUUUGUAAGAAUUGUAGUGUACAGUUUUGUUACCUUAAUAUUAGCCCUUGAUUUUAUAAUUAUGUUUUAUUUUGAAACCAUAUUGUUUAAAACUUUAUACACAAAUGUAUUUAUUUUAAAUAGAUUAUAGUCCUUUAGUUGACAAAAUUUGCUUUAAAAAUGUUGUUCUCUUGGUAAAUGUCACCUCAUCACACAUUGUGAUAGUAUAUAUGUGUAUAUGUGAGAGAGAGAGAGAAAUAGUGCUGUAUAAGCCAUAAAUUAAAGUAUGAAUUUAAGCUCUUUCCCAUUCGGUAAAGAGUCUUACCUAUAAACGAGUCCUUGAGGGUUUUGUUCUGAAUUAAGUUUUCAUUUUUGGCAAAUGCAAUUUUCUUUCCAAAAGAAAUAAAUCGAUUUAAAGAAGA